AUGCGGACCAUCGCUACAACACUCAUCAUAUGCAUCUUUUUUGCGAGUUCUGUAAAUGCAGGUAUCACUACCAGACACACUAAUGCAACUUUUGAAUCUAUAGCUCCUCCACCCACUGACAUGGACACCGAACUCGAGAAAAUCUCAAAGGGAUGCAUUACGAUCGCAGACUACACACUACUAACCAACAAAGACGUCACCUGGUACAUCGCCUCCAUGAUCGGAAGAGAGCUAGUCAGGGAGAGUGUCUCUACCAUCGGGCUCUUGGAGCUCCGAGGGGCGCUUCACUUCGGUCCGAUGGCUCCAUGGACCAAAUUGAACUAUACGUCUCUGAGUAAAGAUGAACUCGCUCCGGCCACUCUGGAGCAGUAUUAUGACCUAAAAGAGCCAAAGUCACUGGCGAGAAGUCUCCAUAGUUUGAUGAUAAUGGAGAAGGAUAUUCCACGUGGUGUCGCUUUUAUGGAUGAGCGGUUCCCCGGGAUUCGGAAGAUUUUUGCACAGAAAUUCCAGAAAAUGAUGAGAAAAGGGGGAAAGAUGGUCAUGGAUAGGAAGAUGGUCGACAGAAUGAUUGAAGAGUACUCGGCGAUGGAUAAGAAAAUAAGAGAUGCAAUUGAAAAGACGAGUUACAACAACUAUUGUUGGGAUCGCAGUUCUUUGUUUUAA